AUGAAGCUGAUUCUGGCCUUGUGUGCCUUAGUGGCACUUGCAGAGUGCAUCAAGGUGCCUUUGAUCAAGGGUAAGAGUGCCCGACAGGCUCUGCGAGAGAAAGGACUGUGGGAGGAAUACAGGCUGAAAUUCCCCUACAACCCCACUGGCAAGUUUGCUGCACAGAACGGUGUUGAGUCCAUGACCAAUGAUGCUGAUUUGUCCUACUAUGGUGUGAUCAGCAUUGGCACUCCACCUCAAUCCUUCCAAGUCGUUUUUGAUUCUGGCUCCUCCAACCUGUGGGUACCUUCCACCUCCUGCUCAAGCCAGGCUUGUCAGAACCACAAUCAAUUCAACCCAUCACAGUCCAGCACCUUCCAGACCAACAACCAGGCUCUCUCUAUUAGCUAUGGUACUGGCAGCAUGACUGGAAUCCUGGGUUAUGACACAGUGCAGGUUGGUGGAAUCACAGUGCAAAAUCAGGUCUUUGGACUGAGUGAGACUGAAGCUCCCUUCAUGGCCUACAUGCAAUCAGAUGGCAUCCUGGGUCUGGCUUACUCAUCCAUUUCUUCUGAUGGGGCCACCCCUGUCUUUGACAACAUGAUGAGCCAGAACCUGGUCUCCCAGGACAUCUUCUCAGUCUACCUGAGCCCUAAUGGUCAGCAGGGUAGCGUGGUGAUGUUUGGUGAGCUCGACAGCUCCUACUACACUGGCAACAUCUACUGGAUCCCUCUUUCAUCUGAGACCUACUACCAAGUCACCAUGGACAGUGUUACCAUAAAUGGGCAGACUGUUGCCUGCUCUGGAGGGUGUCAGGCUAUCGUUGAUACCGGCACUUCCCUUAUUGUUGGUCCAACCUCAGACAUCAGCAACAUUAACUCCUGGUUGGGCGCCACCACUGACCAGUAUGGAGAUUCUACUGUGAGCUGUAGCUCUGUCCAAAGUCUUCCCGCAAUUACCUUCACCCUUAAUGGCUACAGCUUCACCAUCCCUGCUUCAUCCUACAUCAGUCAGGAAUCCUCCAGCUGUCAGACUGGUUUCAGUGGGAGCAGUGACUCACUCUGGAUUCUGGGUGAUGUUUUCAUCAGAAACUACUACACCAUUUUUAACAGGGAGAACAACAGCGUUGGUCUGGCUCAGGUCGCUUAA